AUGCGGCUUCUGUUUUGGAUUGUUCUGUUUGUCAUGGCUGUUGGAUGUGACUUUGUACGGUCACAUCGGGCCAAGAGAGUCGUUGCUUUCAGGAAAGGUAGCACUUUUUUCUACCGAUUGAACUACAAAAUAAGCUCCAUCCCCUGGACAACGAUAUUCGCCCAAGCAUCGGGUUUCAAAGUGGCAUGGCCCUUGCCGGACGGUACACGCUCACGCAGAUCCCUCCCGGAUUUGCAUUCAGCCGCUGAACACAUGUACGAGAGUCAUGGAUUCGACGGCCACGCCUGCCUCGUCCAGAACAUCUGUGAAGCAUUGAACUAUGCCCGGCAGAGAGGCGGUGCCAUUGGGAAGAUAUUAAAAUUGCUCGCCAGUGCAUCGAAUUCCAACUGGACUGAUGCCGAGAACCCUCUAGUUGAUUGUGAGCAACACAGGGCACCAUGUCCACUGCAAUUGAUCAGUGUGGAUGGCUUCUCGGAGAUGUGA